AGCGUCUUUUUCGACCUGAGAUCAAUAUGCGUCACAUCUUGAACGCCUUUGUGAUUCGCGUGGAGAAGUCGCGCGCGCCAGUCAGGCGCCGCGGGCGUCGGGUCCGCACCGAUCCAGAGCCCUACCGGUAUCGGUGGAUCGAUGGCUCAACCCUCCCCGCAACUUCAGGUGCCUCGGGGUGGAGUACUGCGACUAAUUACACCACGAAUGCGACCUCCACCACAUCUCAGUCAAGGCGCAGUAGUGUUGACGCCACGUUAGCAUCAAGUAGCGCAUCCUCGAGUCAGGGAAUUUCCCGACGACCCACGUUCGAGGAAUCCGGGGGUGCCACGUCGACUGCGGAGGAGAGGCAACAGGAGGGCGCCGUAAUAACACCUGCGUCUUGCGGAACGUUCGGAACCACUGAAACGUGCAGGAGCGGUUCCGGCAGCCGAAGACAGAGGAGAGGCACCGACGACGACAACUACAGCAUGCUCACCGACGUGGCGUCAAUCCAGUUGCCGGGGGAUGCGGAGUGGCAUAACCUACUGACGCAAAUUGUUGGGCGCGACUCCUGGUCAGUGUUUCGUGAGCUCAUGCGGACGCAACCAGAUGUUCCCCUGAGAAACGUUUUGAACUCCAACGAAGUCGGCAGCGGGCCGUUGCUCCAUUCGGUGCUGGACAAUGUCGAAGAGGAGCACUUGUUCACAACGGUGGCCCUCGCUAUUCGCCGCUGUCCGUCCACAGUCUACGAGCGCGAUGAAGGCCGGGGAAACUCGUGUCUGCAUAUGCUAGUGCAGAGACUCAACGACGUUGCCAACAGCGAAAGAUUUGCGGUUGCCACAUCGGCUUCUCAGACGUGUCUCACGAGACUCGACCUCGCAGCUGACAACAAGCAAGUCAAUGCUAACUCUGCUGAAGAUCCUUUUCCUCCCGACUUUCUUGACCACUGUACGCGACCACCAGUGAUCUGGCUGCUUACUUUUCGACUUCUAUAUACGAGCGGAGCGCCACUAGGUGCGAGAAACAGUGCUGGAGACACGGUUUUGCAUAGAUUGGCGAAGCGUACCUGGGCAAGAACCAGUUUAAGUGCAACGCUACUGACUGAGAUGGUCUUCGUAGAUCCUUCUCUCAGAUAUAUGCUCAAUCAGCAGGCACUGUAUCCAAUACACUUGUGGGCGCAGUACCCUGGUGUCCACCACGAUCCCAUCGCGGCGAAAGUUUUACAGGUUUUUUGUUUGUUAAACUAUCAAGAUGUUUCUGGUUCUGAUCUCUGGCAGACGAAGCUGUAGAUCGAUACCGUACUGAUGAUCUUAGAGUAGAUAGGAAUUUCUGCACAUCCAUGGAGUGCUGCCAUUUUUACAUUACAGGCUCUGCUGGCGGACGUGAACGCCCCUUGGGCAGCGGCGGAGGAGCAACUAGACGAGCCACCACCUCAACAAGUGAGUGAAGACAAAUUUGUCAGCGCUCUGUCAGAAGAUACGAAUCCGCCAGCAUCAACAACAGAAAAUCUUGAGGACAUGCCAGGCGGUUCUUCGUCGUCGAAGGGCAGUUCUUCCUGUUACUAUCCGAGUCUUGCGUAUCACUGCGCAAUCCGAUCCAGACCUUUGUUGAAAACGGUUAGCGACCCCGCAGGACAUGACAAGAAGACGCUGCUUCAUCGCAUGGCGCUACGUGGCAUGGACUGGCCCAGUCGAGUUGGGUCUUCGGACGUGAGCGAUUGGCCAUUGGCGUCUUUUGCGGAUCUGAUCCUGGUUCGCGCAGGUCCUAGGUAUGCUCGUGGGCUCUUGAAUGCUCAAGAUGGCAAAGGCCGUACAGCAUUGACACUGGCAUGCAAGCGAGGACACGCCGAGGUGGUCCGGUACUUUCUCAGCCGCAUGAAUGACGACGGCGUUUUUUCGCUCGACAGGAGGAAGAAGAGCGCCUUCUUCUACGCAAUGCGGUCGUUAGCGCCUUCCGCAGUAAUUGCGACAUUCCGGAGACGUUUUGUGGGUGAGUCUUUGCCACUGUACCGUACCGGUGCUGCGCGUCGGGCCUUCGCGGAUCUCUUGCUUUCCACUUGCACUUGUUUGAGCGCGGCUAUCAACAACCUGCCCCAACAGCAGCAGAGUGCACCAACGCAGACAGGAUCCCUGGACUCCAAGUCCUUUUUGAGCAUGGAAAUUUUGAAGGCUGUUCUCACGGGAGAGGAGCCAACUUCGGCGCCCAACGCAUUACCCGUCAGAGUGCAUUCGGAUUCGGAGGGCACCGAGAUCUCAGCGCAUUGGGCCACCUCGGACACGGCGAAUGAAGGAAGCUACGACUCAGAUGAUGACACUGAGGAUUCAGACGAUGAUGAUGACACCAACUCAGACAAUGAUGACGACGACGACGACGACGAUCCUGAUAUGUCGGAGAAUGACAUGGGCCACUUUCCUUUUGGUUUUACCAGUGAUGACAACGAGGCGGGUGAUCUAUUUGACGGAGGGUGGUAGGAAGGCGAAGAAGAAGUUGUCAUGACAGCCUGGCACAGCUGUCAAGUGAUUGUUGGACCAGGUUUGAUAUCUAUGAAUAUUCACUUUGAUUGAUUCAUUGGAAUCUCUAUCUAAAGACCGAAUUGUUUUGUGUAGAAUCGUAACUCUCUUUCUAUCCACGCAAUAAGUAAAUGAAUCGUGUCGAAAAUACUUACAGAAAUGUAAUGUAUUCGGCAGGUGAUCUUGUUGUCCC